AGGAGGCAUAGUUGCCCAGCCGAAGGCAAGGCAACGGACAGGACGAACACGAAAGGAUGGAUGGACCGACGGUGGCGGCGUUGGCGGUGGCGGCCACGACUGGGGUGGGGGCUGCCACCGGAAUCGUGUGCUAGGGUUCGUCCGCAUGGUGGAAGGCAGACUCUGGUGGUCAAUCGGGCGCCGCGCACCACAGCAGCGACGCGUCACUGCACCCCGUUAGUUGCACGUGCUCCAGCGCACCGUCGCUCAUCGGGCAACCAGGCGCGAUAAACAGCACCCGCCAGCCGUGAAAGUUGCCACCCUCCGUUUCGGACACGUCGCGGCGACAGUGCGGAGUGUACGCCUCAGUGAAACUCGAGGUUCACCCUCGAUCUCCGAUCUUAAUUAGCCUACUCUUCUAAUAAUCUAUACGACAGACCCUCACGUGUUUGGUUUGGUGAUCAGUGAUCGCGAGAUUUUUCGACGAGCCGCGUGCGUCGAGGUUUGUGCGACGUUUCGUGAACUCGGGCUUGCGGAUAGUGCUUUCAGCUGGUGACAAGAUCCGGCCUGACCACGGCCAUUCUCGACACGCACUGUGUUAGCGUGGCCGGAGGUGGCGGCGGCGGAAGCGGAGGCAGCGGUGGAGGCGGCCGGUUGAGUCUGCACUUGCGUCCGUGCAGCUCCGGCAGCGGCGUCGGAGGCGGUGGCGGUGUCGGAAGCGGAAGUGACGGAGGACCGUCCGAAUACCCGCCAAGCGCUGCGGCUGCGAGGAGCAGGGAAGCGGCGGCGGCGGCGCUGCACGCAGCAAGGACGUUGCUGGGCGCGGGGGUGGCUAACCCUUGCUCACCCACCCCCGAGUCGCCCUUCUGGAAAAUGCCCCAUAAAGAGGAGGACUUGAUGCACGGGGGUGGCGCGGGUAUCGGAGGUGGUUCUAUGGUCGGACAGAACUCAAUAUUUGGAUGCUCGGCUGCAGGGCACAGCGGAGUUAAUCAACUCGGCGGCGUUUAUGUCAAUGGACGGCCAUUGCCCGACUCCACGAGGCAGAAGAUCGUGGAAUUGGCCCAUAGCGGGGCGAGACCCUGUGAUAUUUCGCGCAUCCUUCAGGUCAGCAAUGGCUGCGUUUCGAAGAUUCUCGGACGAUAUUACGAGACGGGCUCGAUCAAGCCUCGAGCGAUCGGCGGUAGUAAACCGCGCGUGGCGACGACGCCGGUGGUCAACAAAAUUGCCGAUUACAAGCGCGAGUGUCCCUCGAUCUUCGCCUGGGAGAUUCGGGAUCGGCUGCUUCAGGAAGGCGUCUGCAACAACGACAACAUACCUAGCGUAUCGUCGAUCAACAGGGUGCUGAGGAAUUUGGCCUCGCAGAAAGAGCAACAAGCGGCUGCUGUGCAGGCGCAUCAGGGCGCGGAAAGCGUUUACGAUAAGCUGAGGAUGUUCAACGGGCAGGCGGGCUGGCCCCCCGCAUGGUAUUCCGCCACUCCUUCUCAUCAUACCCUUGCUACCGGCAUUCCAACGGCGGCCACCCCUAGUUCCGGGCAAUCUCUUCUGCCCGGUGGUCAACUUCAUGGGCGCGACGAUUCUCUGCUCAAACGAUCCGACGCCGGCACCCUUCUGUCCCAUCAGCAGGAGACGACGUCCGAUGGUAAUUCGGAGCACAAUUCCUCGGGCGACGAGGACUCCCAGGUGCGGCUCCGACUGAAACGGAAACUUCAGCGCAAUCGAACGUCCUUCUCCAACGAGCAGAUCGACAGUCUGGAAAAAGAAUUCGAGCGGACACAUUAUCCGGACGUGUUUGCACGGGAGCGUCUCGCCGAGAAGAUUGGAUUGCCUGAGGCACGUAUCCAGGUAUGGUUCAGUAAUCGCAGGGCCAAGUGGCGUCGCGAAGAGAAAUUACGAAACCAACGGAGGGCCGCCGUCGAUCAGGUAGUAGGAGGCGGAACCGGCGGGGGUGGCAGCGGCGCAGCACCUCCAGCAGCGACUCCGGCGACACCUCGGCUACCCUUGAACGCUGGAUUCAAUGCCAUGUACUCCUCGAUACCGCAGCCGAUCGCCACCAUGCCUGACACUUACAGUUCAAUGUCGAGCAGCUUGGGCGGGUCAAUGGGUGGAAGUUGCCUUCAACAGCGAGCCGAGGGUUACCCGGCGUAUGUGUUCCACGAGCCUCUCCACUCCCUUACGCAAUCUUACUCUCACGCGCACAGUACAGCUGCGCACUCGCAACCCCAUCGCGGGAUACCGACCUCCCACGGGGGUACCCCCACCACGCCCGGAGGGCAGCCAGCGGGACCAGGCGGUGCCCCUUACCAGCCGACGACCUCCACCGCAACCGGUGUGAUAUCAGCAGGCGUAUCAGUGCCGGUGCAGAUUCCGUCGCAGACCCAGGACCUGACGGGCAACUACUGGCCCAGGCUCCAGUGAUCCCAGCUCUUCGGGUUCCCGGCCGCGAGCUUGCUCGUUGGCCAGGAGAGCCCGCCACCACCUCCGCCCGCCCCUGGAAUGGUGCCCCGCCCGCUCCUUGCUUCCCUCGGGAUUCCGACGCAACCCCCUCAGCAUCAGCCCAGUACGCCGGCGACCACCCCAGUGCACACCUCCGAUACCAGUGAGUGAGCCAACAGAACGAACCAACGAUCCUACGAAUUUACCAAUCUACCAAUCUACGAAUGAACAUGCAUUUCGUCGAACCCGGGUCAUGCAGGGUAUACCCAUUUUACCUAUUUACCUAACCUUACCAGUCUACCCAAGUCCAGCAAACCACCAGACCUUCUCAGCCGCAGUUACUUAUUAUCGCCUACUCGAGACACACGGAUCACUGUCUCCGACGCUAAGCGAGAUACGAGAGAAGGGAGAUACGUGGAGAAAGGAACAUAGAAAUUUUCCUGAUCUCCCUUCGCCAUUCUCUCGGAGCCAGCUUCUUCGCCGUUGCGUCGUCCCUUUUCUACUCUUCAGUCAAAUGUAUAAAUAUAACAUGGACAGUCGAUUUAACGAACGCUCCGAAGGACAAUCGAAAUUGGUUGGUGAAUGUCGAACCGUAGACGGUUAAUCUCGAUUGGGAGCGAUUGGCGCAUUCGUAUCCGAUAAUUGCUGAGCGAUUAAGCGAAAUCUGGGAGAAAGAGCGUUCGGCGGUUGAACGUUCUCUCUCUCGCACUCGGCGAAGAUGCACCCUGGAUCGGGAGGAGCGCGGGGACUCUCGAAUAGAGGGGGAGGGGAACGUUCUCAUUCAGGAGCGUGGGGACUGAUAGCGUUUGCCGAGGGUGGAUUCUUCCGGCGGCCAUCGCGUUUAUCCGGAGAUAUGGCGUCGAGAAAUACGAGGGGGCCGCUAUAUCUAUCUAUUGCUCACUAUUCAGCCUUCGGUGCUUUCACUCGCAAUGCCAUGCCAAAGACACGAAAGCGAAUAAUUGCUCGCUCGUAAGUGACUGCCGGGGCUGCUCGUGUCCGUGAAAACUUUGUCACGUGGAUUCACGUUUUAUAUUAUCACCAUUCUUUCUUUCUUCUUUGCUUUUUACACCUUAGUCGUUACUCUUCACUUUAUGCGCCUCUAUCGUAUUUGCAAGGGAGACACGUGUGUCUUUAUUGCGUUCAGCCGUGAUAUAUGACAUGCGACACGUCAUAUUCAUUUUCCGUAUACAUGUAUUAUAAUCCUUUAGUACAAUUUUUAGUCAUUUUCGAUGGAUUAUUUUUUUUGAAAAUAAUUAAAAGCCACGAGAUUCCACUUAGUCGUGCGCAACAGCAAUACGUAGGAAAUGGAGCUGCGCUCCUUCGUGUACGGAACCUAUUCUGGUUUUUGCUUUGAUGAACGAACGUCAAUCCGAGACAGGGUUAUGUGCCAUUUAUGAUAAUUCGUUUAUCGUGGGGAUCCACGUUAAUGACUUUCUGACGUUUAUUUUCUAAUCGGAGACCGAGUUGUUUUAUCGUUUAAUUCAAAAUUACACUGAUAACCGGGCACGUAUUUCCCGCAUGGUUGCGUCGUAUUUUGUCAAUUUUGUCAUCGCGUCCAGCACGAUUUCGUCAAGUAUCAUUGUUUUUACGCCAUUUCGUAUCAGUACGCAAGCCGAUUAACUGGUAACCAGAUUCGCACAGGUUGCUCCGAUAUUGAAUACUGAACUGUUUUUUUAAAUAUUAAUCUCAUAAAAUUCCAAAGCUCUAUCCAUGGCUGUACCUCUAAAUGAAAAAUCAAACAGAAAUUCAUAAACUCAAAUUAAGCUCAACUUAUAUACUCCAUUACAAAAAAUUGAUCAAUUUUCAGUAUAAAUUUUUUGGUAUACAUUCUUUCUCGUAAUUUCAGAACCUGUCUAGCUCUCAGCACUAGGACGAUACAAGCAUUGCUAGCUUUUCGAAGUGUCCUGGACUUUCAUAAUCUCUACUAAGAUUCUCAAAAAAUAUUGUGUAUUUCCAUUUUUAACCGAGCUUAUUCCUUCUCCAAAGGUACACUACUGCCGAUGGUACUGGUACGAUGCGAUAACAAGUUCGUCAUGAUUCUGUUAAAAAUUUGAAAUAAGUUUUCUAGCGACAUUGGGAGGAGUUAGGUUGGGUUGGGUUAUCAUAGAAUUUAUACUGAUUUAAAGAGAAAUGUUUCCCCUUCAUAUUUCGGUUUAUUUUGUAAAAUAACUCUGUCGUGCAGGUAGGAUAACGAGGUUAUUCAGCAACCCUAUAUCCCGCGGCCGUUUUGACAAUUAAGAGAGAUUCUCUUAUGAUUUCUGUAUAAAGGGUAAUGUUAAAUAGGAUUUGUUACUCUCGUUAGUUUAUAAUGUACAUUUAGAAAUAUUGCCACUGUAUAUAAGUAAAGAUUAACAGUAGCGUUCAGACGCGCAUCCCACCUUCCAGCCCCCACAAGCCUUAACCGUACGUAAUCUUCAUACCACGAUCGACCGUCAGUGUAUUCCCUUUGAAAAUGGCAGAACCCGUUAGUCACUCACGAGUCCAAAAUAUCGUUUGAGUUAUUAAAGAAAUAAAUAUUAAUAAUAAUAAUCAUAAUAGCGAGCCUACAUUUACUUAAGUUUCAACCCGUCUCUCCUCAUUGACAUAUUUGACCAUUAAAUUUUUGCUUUCGAUCGGUAUCAGCGAAGCGCGCAGCUUUUCGAACGGGACAGAUGAAAAAUAAGAUUUCGUCUGAUCGAUGGGACCCGAGCGAGGUGUUCGACAAGAUUCUCUAUUGGGUCUCAUGGAACACGAAGAGAGGCGGAAACUCACGAAGGUUCCCGAACGAUCUCGCUGAUAACCUCGUGGGCGACUUUUCAUUUGAAUAAUUCGAUUCAGAUCUAAUGUUAUCUUUGUUCGUGACUUUUGAUUCCUUGGCAGAAUUUUAAUGAAAUUUUUUCAUAAAACAAUAUCCAAUAUAUCCAUCGAGCACACGUGAACACGUUUUAUUUUGGCGAAUUCAGUAAAUACCUCGUUAUUCAGCCCAAACGUACAACCUGAAGGUGGUUUUACUGUGAGAAUCAAAUGGACGCGCUAACUUCAGUUGGUGCAUUUCGACUGAAUAACUCAUAUGUUUAUGUAUAUUACAUAGAUGGAUCCAGUAAUACAGAAUCGAUACAAUUUUUCUUUAUCUUUAUAUGUUAAUCACUCAAUACAUUUCUGUCGACCGGAUCGCAAUCGUUGAUCGUGUUUCCUUGUAUCGAACUUAACAAUGAUUUAUUUAACAGACAUAUAUACUAGUUCCCGAGUAAGAACCUAUGAAAUUAAAAUGUCCAAUGAUCAGUCCGAAAAUUGAAACGAUUAAUCGCUUUGAUCUUUCGUUUCUGAGCAUUUCGUGAAAAUUGGAGAAGAUUCUUCUCGAUCGUUCGAAUAGCCUCUUGCGCAAUUUUUUCUUUUUUUUUUUCCGUAGCGAUGGUCUCUCAAGCAGAUAGAACAGUAGUUUACCGUGAAUAAUAAAUAAAAGCUAACCUCGACGGACGUAACCACGCGCAAAAAAAGAAACCCAAUCCGCAGCGCGGCAUCUCAUCUUAAAUAUCGCCUACGGUCUGUUUAACCAGUGUAAUUUGUUAGAAGUUUAUAUGAUACACCUAACGAAGAAUAAUGUAUAUUAGUUUUAAAUUUAUAUUUUUGGAAAAUAAACGAAUAAAAUGUGAAAUACUAUCUCGGAAGACUUCCAUUUGACGCGAGUAGUUUCGCUUCCAAUUUUAAGUAUCAAUUCGUCGAGAAUUCGAAUUGAGAACACGAAGUACUUGAUUUAUUCUUUUUAUACCACUUCCGCGUCUCGGACCUUCUAAAUAAUGACGAUCGACCAAACUUUUAAUGUCGUAUACAUUAUGGGAAAAGUAAUUGAAUUUACUUGCGUUGUUCAGGUUCGUCAAUUUUAUCACUCCGAAGUCAAAUAUUACUUGUGUCGGCUGACUAUUAUUUUCAUUUGGUUUUAUUUGGAAUUCCUACCACUUAAUUUUACUCUUUUUGUAACGUAAGACACCAAAUUUCACUUGAACUUUAUCAAAAUGUCGAUAGUUCUCUCGUUACGUACAACAAGAGAUGCCUUCAAAUAUUGUGUACGGUGCUCGGGAUGAGCUUUGCACGUUUAAAAUUGACAGUACACUUUUCCGCGUUCUAGGAAAAUCAAUACAACGACGUUUAAAUCGUGCGCGAAUGUAAUAUUUAAGACGCAAAUAAAUCUAUAAAUUUAUAUAUGUAAAUACAUGAUCAUGUACAUGUAACACAUAAAAAUUAUUAAAAAGUAAGAUUCCUUGUACAUUUAGCGAAAACUAUUCGAUCAUGUCUUUAAAUUUGGAGUUAAAAAUUUAUGGUAUUCGAUAUUUCGUAUCUCACGUAUUGUACGGAUUGACGAUGACAACAAGGAGAGUUCAUCAGUCGCGUAAACGGCGUUACGUUAUAUGGGAUUCGACCAAUAUAGAUUUUUUAAAAUGUGCAUUCGUUCCAUAUACUCGGCGGAAAGAAACUAUAUGCAUAUGGAGUUGUUGUGGAGACGGUGAUUGGAAAAUUUCAAAAAGCGUUUAUUAUUUUCCUGUAAAAAGGAAUAAUUCGAAUAUAGCGAAGUAUCCGAGAUAUUCGUAAUCAUGAUAAAAUUUGUUUCUAUGAACUUGGCGCAGAAGUGGUAUAAUAUUUCCUUAUUAUUCGAUAAUAUUAAUAAUAACAGAUACAUUGUACGAGUAUAAACAAAGUUAUUAACGAGAAUAAUAUAAUAUUGCGGCAGUAAUCUAUGUAAGUGUUGUGAAUAAUGAGAUAAUAUUGUUGCUGUGAUUACCUCUAAGAUUGUAAGUAGUAGAUAAUAGAACCAUUGUUAGGUGUCACUGUCUCGAUUCAAUAAAUGUUAUUUGAUUUUAACGAA